AUGACAUUUUACAAGCAAGUGAGUCAAGAACACAACUUACUUUGGCUUAUAUUAGAAGUUAAGUGUAGAGCAAGAAAAGAAACAGAGGUUUUUAUUGUUGCUGAAGUCUUUCAAGAGGAGAAACUGGGUUGUUAUUUAGAGGUCCCCCGAAAAGAGGGUGUGGUUGGGAUGACUGCACCCAUUGAAUUACAAAGCGGUCCGAUGAUGGACAAGAAGUUUGGCAAAACAAGCCCCAUGACUACCAUUGUCAGCCGGCUUACAGAUCUUCGUAGUCAAGCUAUGAGAUCCUUGCCCUCAAGAAGAGUGGAGGCUGAGACGAACGGUGGGAAAAAGAAACGACAGGCAGAGAUAAAAACCAAAGCUAUACAUAGAAAUCAGAAAAUCCAACCACAUUUGGCCUGCGCUACAUCAGAUACAGUCCAGCGAUUAACCCUCAUAAGGGUUCCUUCGCAAGUCUCGGAAAAUGUUGUUCGGGUACUCAACGAAGCCAUCUUGUACCACCAAGGUGACAACAUUGUUAGUGCCCGGAGAAGUUUAACAAAUCUUUCCCGAUUAUUGUUAAUGAAUAAGGCGCAAUGUUUUGACUUUCCGUCAAAAUAUGGCUUAGAGGUCUUACAUCGAGGAAGACAACUCUUUCUUGAGAAGGGUGUGAGUUGCUCGAUAAAACACGGGACUUUACUUUUGGACUCAAGUACGAGUGGAGCGCAGUUUUACUCUGGAUUACUAAACGUCAUGGGAGCAUUUGCAUUGUUGAUUUCCGAAUUUGAAAUUGCUAGAGGAACUUAUGGCCGGCUGAUCGAUCUGCAUCAUCAAUCAAAUACAACUAGUCGUUCACAUGACCUUGCUGCUGCCUACAACAAUAAGGGGUGUGUUCACCUGAUCAUGGGCGAUUUGCUCGAUGCACAUAAAGCGUUUGAAACUUCUCUCAGGAGCCUUGGUAACUCGAACGGGUCUUUAAAUGGUACAAAAGUUUUCGCCGUAAAGAGCAACAUGAGCCGACUAAAUCUGGUUUUCAGAAAGUAUCGUCAAGCCUUUGAGCAACAGGAGAAAUUAGUAGAGAGUUGCAAAGCUACAGAAAUGAAGAAUAUACCAUAUCCAUUUGAAGCAGUAUUCACAGUAAUGAAUAAUCAAGCAGUGUUGCAUACUAUUCUGGGCAAUUUUAACCAAGCAGAACAAGCGUUGUGGUGGUUGAUAUCUUAUUGCAAAGAAAUGAAUAGAGAGGAUUCUGUGUAUCUUGUCACCUUCAUUCGCUUGCAUCUGUCUGAAGUACUGCUCCUUCACGGAAAAUUCAAAGAGGCUGAUGAAGUAUUCAGUAUUGAGAACUUGAAUUCACUCGAUGACAUUGUGAACAGGUUUGGAAACCUUUACAUGAAUGUAAGAAUCGAGGCACUUGAGAAGUUACUAGAGCUCUACAUCCGUAGAGGAAAAGUCAAAGCUGCCCUUGGGCUCUUGCAAACGACUGUGAAAAUCCUGAAAACUGUUUUUGGACCCGACCAUUUUAAUAUUGCUUCCUUGUUGUACAAACAAGGUACGAUUUUGAGUCUCGCGGGGGAUUUUUCCAGCGCCACGGAAAAGUUCAAAAGUUCUGUUGAAAUCUUGGGAAAAAUAUUUGGCUUUAAGAAUUUUCUCCUCCUGAAGUGCUACAUGUCUCUUGGUGAUAUGACAUCGAGAAUGAAUCAAGAAGAAGAGUCCUACCUUUACUUUCAAAGAGCCACUGAGAACAUAGAGGCCAUCUACCAAGUGUCAUUUGUGAAUGAGUUGUCAGUGAAGUACACAGAAAUCACCCAAGGUUUCAAAACCUUUCAAAGACACAGUGUGUUUGAUGAUAGAAUUGAAGGUCUUGUCGCAGAGUACGGGCAAGGAAUGGCCUUUUUGUUAAACCACUUCAGCAAUGGUCAAUUAAGAAAAUUCAGAGCUGAUCGAAAACCUGUCACUGUGAAGAAAAUGGGUGAUCAGUAUUCCGAGUCGAUGUCGAUGGUCUCUUUCAAAUACUCAUCCGAUUUCAUUAAUACUGGGCUAAAGCUUUUCCGUCUUGGAAUGAUAAAGGAAGCUGCCUUUUUUUUCCAAUACGCAGAGUUGCAUUGCGGCGUACGUGUAUUCAAAGGUUACUUGGGUGUUGCCCGCCUACACAGCAUAUUCCUGAAGGAAAAAUUUAGAUGUCAAGGGACACUAAAGCAUGACCAUCGUUUUAGAAACUUUUUGGAAGACCUAAGCAGCGUCAUAGAAGCAAGCGGUGCUCAGAGUAUCGUCGAAAGAAUUGAUGGAGUUGCGACAACGAUAGAGUUUGACUAUCAGCGAAACCUGAGGCCUGUGUUGAUUUUACUUCUUUUGUUCUCUAUAGAACUGAAAAUGUUUGAAACGACUUUUGUAGCGUACGAUUUAUAUUCUAAACUUUUUCAAAACGAGGGCAGUUUUCCAUAUUUUCUUCUUGAUGGAAUUCAAGUGUAUGCCUCAAAAUCCAUAAUCACCUGUAAUGGAGAGACUGCUGUUCAAGACAUCCUUAUUUCCUCUCAAAUUGGCCCGAAAGAGAGUGACGCGGAAAACGCUUCUAUUGACACGCCGUUAUUUCAAAGUUUGGCUUACAAGGAGAAUACAACCGAAAAUGCUUUCUUGGUUGCUUGCAGAACACCUUUCCUUCUAGAUAUCGAAGACCUCGAUACUGUGAAAGGAAAAAUCUCACGUGCAGUUCAAGAGUGUUUUCAAAUGAAGUGCAUGGAAGCUGAAGCCAAAGGCGUCGCGGCUAAGGUUAUGGUGGAUUUGACUCCAACGACAAAAUGUGGCCUCCAAGACAUGUUGUCUAUGGGUAGUCGAAUCGAACUGUUACCUCUCUGUUUAUCAGAACAUCCAAACAAUGGUGUAACGGAUAAAGAGACUAUCUUUGAGAUAGACACUUCGAUGUGCCAGAAGAUUACAGGAGUGACCUUCGAAGAUGAGCAAACAAGCUGCUUCAUGUUCCAAAAAUUUGCUCUACAACUUCUUCAGCAGAGUGAUCCAGGAAGAAUCUCAUCGAUAUCGCUACCAACUCACAGCUUUUCCGUGACAGUUCUCCAUCCGAAAAAGGCAAGGUUUAUUAUGUCACGCAGUGGAAAAUUAGUCACACAAGAGAUCCAGUUCGUAACAACAAGAACAACAAAAACCGACUUGGCAGACUCGAACAGUGCACUUCAGGCUGGCGUUUCUGAUACACUCUCUUGGACAGAAAUUCGUCAGACGGUAGAGAAGUAUGGAGUGCCCUGCCGAGAAAGAACUUCAUCGGAGGCUUCUUUGGAUCAGUCAGUCACACUCUGUGAAACCAGUGACACCUCGAAUCAUGAGUGGAAAUGGACUAAGAGGUCGUCUCAAGUCUACAAAGGAGAAACUGUUGAUACAUCUGAAUUGGAAUACAGGCAACAACAAACAAGAGAGAAAGUUCUAGAUUGUCUCAGGGCUGUCAGCCAGAUAUCACAACUGCUCUACAGCGUGGAGAGUCCAUUGACUGACGAUGACAUCUGUUUGGCGGAUUCUAGUCAAUGUCAUAAUGCUCAUGGAAGUCUAGACGACCAGGAAUACCUUUCCAAGAGGCACGAUGUAAGUUUUGUGGAUCUGGGUGACGAUGACACAAGAUGUCUAACUGCUUCCUCUCAAAAUCGGGAAGACCAGGAAAACACUUCACUUCAGCAUCUGACAGAGAGUUCAGAAAGAAGUGAAAAUAACGAGGGUCUUACAUUGAACGCUCAUGAUUGUACCACUGUUGAGGUAAGCACGAGCAACCAUGAGGAAGAAUCCAUGCUCAGAGCAGAUCUUUGUGAGAUGUUGGAGGGGAAACGUCUAUUUGAAGAAGAUAGACAGUCAAGACGCUCUUUUAUGGCUGACCUACAAGAAAGCCUGAAGAAAAAGCAACUAAACUCCGAAAAAGACGAUUCAAUUCAAUCAAACAGAGCAGAAGCAACUAAUGUUUCAAAAUUGCAGUCAAGCCAAAAUGGUAGCAGUUGUGGUAAUUUGGAGGUUCUGCAUCAAAACUUAGAGGCCCAGACACCAAGCGGAAACCCCAUUUCCAGGAGUGUCAGGAAUGAAAAUAGCCAAAGAAUUAGUUCACAUGACGGCAAGACAGCAAAGGAAGAAGACAAACUGAUGAAAAUACAUCAACUUCCACAAGGUCCAGCCCUAUACAACGUAAAAGAUCCUAACGAUUUAGAAAUGCAGCCAAAAUGUAGACUUUCAGAGGAAGUAAGAGGCUGCUUGCCUAAAACAACGCUGGAAAAAGAAUACUGCUUCACAGCUUCUAAUGAAAACGACAACUCUUGCCUUUUGGAAAGAGAGACGUACGUUACGAACGUAGAGACAGCGAGAAAUGAUAUUCACGCAGGUCAGCAAAAAGCUAUCAAAACCAACAGGGAGACCUCACCUAACCAAGAGGUACAAGGCACUAUAGGAGUUGAUCAAGAAGGGCAAAGACACACGAAGCCCAGCGGAAAUAAAUUUAAAAGUAGAAAACAGCUCCCUGAGGAAGAAAGUGAACGAAAUGAGGUGGAAAUCAGAAGAAAUAAGGGCAAUACACCGGAAAAGCAAGAAACUCCUUGUUCCGAUUAUGACGACAAGGCGACAGGGAAAACAUUUUGCCCACUUGCUGGAGACGUUUUACCAGAUGCAUCCAUGAACAAAGAUACCAGUGGAAGUCAAAAGAACGUGGUGGAUCUUUUGAAAGAGACGGAUGCUGUGGAUGGGCUAAACCUAAAAGAGGAAAAUGAAAUGCAUUCUGUGAAAAAAAGAGAACCAACCUAUCCUUACGGACAGAUACAUUCCAAGUCAAAAGCCACCAUUUCAAUCCGCAAUGAAAGUACCACCAGAUACUUGUGUCAAGGGGAUAAUGUUGUUGCUGACAGCGAAAGCCACGAGGACCUCAACAAAAACGCUGUUGCUGUUGAUGGAUCAGUACUCGUACAAAAUUAUCACAAGGACAUUCAUGCCUCUGUUGUCAUACCUAACCACGAGGUACAAGAUGCUAUAGGAGUUGAUCAAAGACAAACGAAGCCUGGUGUAAAUAAAUUGGAAAUUAGAGAACAACACCUUGUGGAAGACAGGGAACGAAGUGGGAUCGAAAUCAUGGGAAAUAAAUCCAAUACGCCAGAAAAGCGUCCCGAUAAUGACGAGAUGACCUCAGCGAGAAUAUUCAAGCCACUUCUUGAAGACGUUUUACUAGAUGGAUCCAUGAACAAAAUUACUAGUGGAAGCCAAAAGAACGUGGUGGAUCUUUUAAGAGAGACGGAUGCUGUGGAUGGGUCAAACCUAAAAGUGGAAAAUGGAAUGCAUUCUGUGAAAAAAAGAGAACCAACCUAUCCUUACGGACAGAUACAUUCCAAGUCAAGAGCCACCAUCUCAAACCACAAUGAAAGUACCACCAGGUCCUUGUGUCAAGGGGGUGAUGUUGUUGCUGACGGCGAAAGCCACGAGGACCUUAACAAAAACGCUGUUGUUGUUGAUGGAUCAGUACUCGAAAAAAACUGUUACAAAGAUAUUCAUGCCAUGGUAGGCAUGCCUAACGACGAGGUACAAGAUGCUAUAGCAGUUGAUCAAAGACAAACGAAGCCUGGUGUGAAUAAAUUGGAAAUUAGAGAAGAACGCCUUAUGGAAGACAGGGAACGAAGUGGAGUGGAAAUCAUAGCAAACGAAUCCAAUACACCAGAAAAGGAUGGCACUUCUUGUCCCGAUUAUGACGAGAUGACAGCAGAAAGAACAUUCGAGCCACUAUAUGAAGACGUUUUACCUGAUGGAACCAAGAACAAGGAUACCGGUAGAAGUCAAAAUAACGUGGUAGAUCUUCUAAGAAAGACGGAUGCUGUAGACGGGCCCAACCUAAAAGAAGAAAAUGAAACGCGAUCUUUGAAGCAAAGCGUAGGAGCAGUAAAGCUAAUGGAUCCUCACGGACAGAUACAUUUUAGGUCACAAGCCACCUUUUCAAACCGCCAUGAAACCACCUCCGGAUCGAUGUGUCAUGGGGGCGAUGUUGUUGCUGACGGCGGAAGUCGUGAAGAACUUAUCAAUAAUGUUGAUACUGUAGAUGGACCAGCACUCACACAAAAUCUUCACAAGGACUUUCACGCCGACGAGAAGUUCAGAACCAGCGUAAAGCACGAAAGUGUAACUUUAGGUAGUGAAAACGAGUCUCAUACAGAUAGACAUCCGCUUUGCGAAUCAAGAUAUCCUCUUGAACCUAAGAGUAACUUCUUUCAAUCUUACUCGGGCGAUGGAGGAGCAAGACCCAAACAAAGAUUAACAGUCAACGCUAAAACCCCCUUACCUUGGCCCAGCAUUAAAAAUCCAAUGUCAGCUAACUCUGACCUCGAAAGAUUAAUACCUGGCCUAGAUCCUGUUUUUCUGGCACGUCACGUCAAAGAGAGUAGCCUACUGCUUCCGUUUCAAAACGGUGGCAACUAUAAUCAUGCUUCAUCAGACUGUCUGUGGCAAGAAGACUACGAACAGGAGUACUUUUCAUUCAAUGCUCAAGACCAAGUCUUCAAUAGCAAAGAUCAAAAGUCACAUGAUAAGGAAGAGUUCAUUCCACGCGAUAAAGCCAAUAGAUAUGAUAAGGUUAUUCCUAUGAAUAACGCCUUAGCGCCUUUAGCGCCACCAAACGGAAAGGAAAAAGAAAGCUGGCAUUUUCCAUCAGAGUCCUGUAAAGAUACGGUGCUGCGAAGUCAAUGCUUUGCUGAGAGGACAAACGAGUCAAAUCCAACAUCGCUGCCAAAAUCUUUUGAAGCUAAUCGGGAGAAACUCUUCAGUAAGUGUGGAUCGGCAUGUGCUUACAACGACAUGGCUUCAAUGGCAAAUGACUACUCCAUCAGUGUGGGUAAUGAUGAAUGUGGACAGUCACUACCAAUGAGCGAGAACGAGCAUUCAUGGACAGAAAAUUCAUUGACCGCUAAUUUUCGAUACCUUCAAAAGAUAAUGGCCAAAACUAUCCGGCUUGUUGCCUUAAAUGCUACGGGCGCGAGGGAAAAUGAUCCUACAAACCAGACAGUCGAAAAGACAGGCAUUCAGGAAGAAACAGGCGAUAUGGGAGAGGCAGAAGCAGUCGUAACACAACAAAUUCAUGAGACGAACACUCAAGGAGAAUCUACCCCAUCAAAUGAAACGACUGUAGAAGCUGAGCAGCAACCCAUGGCAAUACCUGUACAAGAGAGUCCACGCCCUGUUUGCAGUCAUUAUCAACGGCGAUGCUUGGUCCGGUUUCCCUGCUGUGGAAAGUUCUUCCCUUGCCACCGCUGCCACAACGAAUCAGAUUGUAGUGAGGAUCAGGCAAGAGCAGUUAAUGCCACACACAUACGAUGCACUAUCUGCUAUCACGAACAAGAGAUCGACGAAAAUGGCCAGAGAUGUGGCGGCUGCAACGCAAUCAUGUCUGAGUAUUUCUGCCCAACAUGUCGCCAUUAUACCUCCGUGGAUAAAAAUCCCUUCCACUGCGAAAAAUGUGGUAUCUGUAGAAUCCAUAGAGACAGGUCCUUCCACUGUGAUGUUUGUAACGUAUGCCUGGACAAACGUCUUGAAGGAAAACAUAAGUGCAGACCUGAUUCGGGACAUGAUGAAUGCUGUAUAUGUCUCGAGGACGCCUUCAGUGGUUGUCAAAUUCUGCCCUGCUCUCACAAGGUUCAUAAGGACUGUGCCAUUGCGAUGAUACAAAAUGGCGUCCGCACAUGUCCAAUUUGCCGCCAUCCGCUAUUCGGUCAACUCCAAAACAGUACUCAAUAAGAAGUUUUCUACCAACGAAGUUAAUUUUAGAGCAAAUUAUUCACCAUUAGAAGUGACGAUAAAAAUUUUGAGGGAUAGUUUGGACAGUAUGAUUCGUUACAUGGUAAAUUUUCAGAAUAUCUCAAGCCCUAAAAUUGAUCGAAAUCUAGAAAUUCUCGAUUUCAGGAAUAGGUUAUUGAGUAGGUAAAGUUUAUUAAGACAAAGUCAUCCUUAAAUCAGUGAAUUACUUUUCUUUGCCUUCUUUCAGCUUCCAUUAUUUUUUCUUUGAGAUGAGGUGUAACUAGUUUAAAACUUGAGCAAAUUUUCACCCGCGAACAGACUUUGAACCGGGAAGUAUACAGGUACGAUUAUAUAUGCGUACCCGUAGGGUUUUUAAGUAAAAUAAAAUUAAAAAGCAAACAAACAAACAGCCAAAAACUAGGAAAGAAACCAAAAUCAUACUUAUAUUAGAACCAAAACCAGCAAACAAACAUGUAACGAUUAGAGAGAAAAAAAACCAAAAACAUUAGUUCAGUCUAAGCCGUUUAGGUGUCGUCACUUCUUAUGAUAAUAACCAGACUGUUUUGGAGUAACCGAAUGAUUUCCACUGACCACAAUGCAGCUGUAUAGCAGAGGAGAAGCCUAAUGAGCUGUUACACACACACUUCAGGGAUUCAUUUCCUGACGGCAGUUCACAAGAAUGAAUUUUACAGGUACUGUAAUUAGAUCAAAUAUUGCUGACUGAGGAAGGAAAGUUUAAUGACCAGUUACUGUAAAAAAAAAUGACAAUUACGAUGACAUACUGGUACAAUGGCAAACGGUAUGUUCGAGUGAAGUUUGAUUCAAGUUCAUUAAGACACUUGGUUGACAGAGAGUUCAUAGUUACCAUAAUAUUCAAUUAAAAAAUAGGAGUCAGCGUAAAUCGACCUAAGAAUGAUCUAUCAGAGGCAGCUUAAGAAAUAACCGAUAAUAAAAAUAAUUUGCAUAUACGAAACAUUACCUGGCAUGUUGCAAAGUGGACUUAGAGUUCACGCAAUGCACUUUGCUACAGGUAUUUUUAGUAAGACUGCUAUGAAUUAGUAAACAUGAAUCAUACUACCCUCCUCAAAAAGGUAGUCGUAGAAAAACCACAAAUGUAUAUGUAUAAGUAAGCACAUCAUAAGAGCGCGAGUGAAAUUUCGUUUUCAGAAGGAAUAAAUUUCGUCAGCGUCUUUGUAUUCUGUGAGACGUAUUGUAUUAGCUAAAAAAUUCUCAGUAAAUGCGGAACGUACCAAUCACCUUGGUAACAAGAAGUAAUCGUAAGCUUUACUUGAUGUAUCAGUGACCUCCUAAAGGCCGCAUGACCAAAACUUCGUUUUCAGAAGAAAAAAAAAAUUAUAACCGUUAUUUCCAUCUUGUAAGCAAAUCAGUAAGAAGUAGGUAGUCUCGAG